AUGGUGAAAUUGGACACAAAACGAACCGAAUUACUGAACGUUUUAUGGGCUGAGACCAUUUCGAAGCCAGAAGCGGACUGGGCAGAAAUGGCCAAUCAAAAACUCGAAAUUUACGAGAAAGCUCUUCUCAAUUACUUGGGUUAUCGUGAUGAGUCUGACGAUCGCUCUCUUAUGGGUUCACUACGAAAAUCAUUCUCACUGGUGACCACCAUCGGUCCAAUGAACAUUGGAGGUUUCACUACUGUUGGAAAGGCUUUUGCGAUUUUAUACACACUUAUAGGUAAGCUUUGUUAUCUAACGAAGUCACUCAAUUUUUUUCAGGGAAGAGCUUUGAUGAUACCUACCAUGAGCUUCAUUUUCGUUUCCGCCAUCAUCUACGACAUCAUAGAGGAUGGAACGGAUGACGUUCCGUUCGUUGACGCUAUCUUUUCGAUCUUCCUACAGUUCUCUGCGAUCGGCGAAAUGGAAAGCGAGUUUCAUGGCAUCCUUCCAUACACGAUUACUAUUUUCGGACUUGCUAUGAUGAGUGCAUUGUUCUCUCAAAUGCAGCAUGAACUUGAGCGAUCUAUUCAUGGACUUGAAUUCACAUUCUCAAAAUUCCAUGGAUUAUAUAACUUUUUGUUCACAUGCAAUUUAAUAUACUGUAGUUUGCAUGUAUAA